AGGCGCGGCCGGACCGGGGGUGGCGGGGCCGAUUGGUGCGGCUGGGAGAAGGCGCGGCGGAGCCGGGAGCAGGGCGCAGUCGCGGGCGGGCUGUGGGACUGCCGCCAUCUCACCAUGGCUCGCGAAUUCGAGCUGUGCCCCGGGCGGCGCGUCGGCGGCGACCAGCCCUGCUUCAUCAUCGCCGAAAUCGGGCAGAACCACCAGGGCGACCUGGACAUCGCCAAGCAAAUGAUCCGCAUGGUCAAGGACUGUGGAGCAGACUGUGCUAAGUUCCAGAAGAGUGAACUGGAGUACAAAUUCAACAAGAAAGCCUUAGAAAGGCCCUACACCUCUAAACACUCCUGGGGAAAGACUUAUGGGGAACACAAGCGCCACUUGGAGUUCAGUCAUGACCAAUAUAGAGAGCUAAAGAAGUAUGCAGAGGAGAUUGGCAUUUUCUUCACAGCUUCUGGAAUGGAUGAGAUGGCUGUGGAAUUUCUGCAUGAACUGGAUGUUCCAUUUUUCAAAGUAGGAUCAGGAGAUACAAAUAAUUUUCCAUAUUUGGAAAAGACUGCAAAGAAAGGUCGCCCAAUGGUGAUUUCCAGUGGGAUGCAGUCGAUGAACACAAUGCAUCAGGUUUAUCAGAUUGUGAAGCCCAUAAAUCCAAACUUCUGCUUCCUGCAGUGCACCAGUGCGUACCCGCUUCAGCCAGAGGAUGUCAAUCUCCGUGUUAUAUCGGCAUAUCAGUCAGCUUUUCCUGAUAUCCCCAUUGGCUAUUCGGGGCAUGAAACUGGCAUAGCCAUUUCUGUGGCAGCUGUUGCUAUGGGUGCUAAAGUACUGGAACGCCACGUGACUCUCGACAAAACAUGGAAAGGAAGCGACCACCAAGCAUCUCUGGAGCCAAAUGAACUGGCGGAGUUAGUGAGAGCCAUCCGUACUGUGGAAAAAGCAAUGGGUUCUCCAGUCAAACAGCUCUUGCCCUGUGAAAUGGCUUGCAAUGAAAAGAUGUGACUAUACUGUGAGUGCACAGAAGACUAGAAGGGGACACAAGCAGGAGAUAACUAAUCAGAGGUAAUCCAUACCAUAUAACAUCAUUUCUGCAAACUGGAAGAGAGCUGUUUAGGUGGGCUAGCUGUCUUUUGCUCAGGAACUGUAUGGUGAGUGUCCACCUUUGCAUCACUUUUGUUCUUUUUCUCUUCCCUCCACUUCUUCUUCUAUUAAACCUAUUUUUAUCUCAGUCCAUGAAUUUUCUUGGUUUUAGUGUUUCUCUUUCUCUGUCCCACUGGAAGGAAGGGGAGUAAGCAGGCACCUGUGCUGUGCUUAGUUGCCUGCUGGGGUACACCCACAACAUCCCAGCGGAGUUAUCAGAGGACUGUGUGCAUGGGCAGUCAUUGUGAUCUAACCAGCUACAACGGUGGGGCCAGGGGGUAAACAGAAAUGACCUUUCCCCCUCCCCUGAGGCAUCUGUGUUUUGGUCAAAGGUUCUUCUUGCCUGUCAAUAAAAACAAACUUCCUGGGACUGCCACACUCCUCUGAUUUCUACAUACAAGGUCUGAGGAUAAAAUGCUGCUGCAUGUGAUCUAACAGUGAAAGUCACUUCCUCCUUGCCCCUUGAUUUAUACACCUGCUUUGUGGACGCCUGGGUGUGACUGAUUGACUCUUUCCUUUUCGUACAUGGCCCACAUCCUUGUGCAGUGGCAUCAGGCUGACCCUGUCUGUAUGGGGUCUACAAAGCACUUGCUGAAGCACAGAAAGUACAGAAACUUUGUUCUUAGUUAACACAGUCUACAAACCUUGAACUUCACAAGGUGUUUAUAAGGCAAGCAAAGCAAGGCUAAAGGCUGAAGAUCGGCUUAGUACUGUGGCACUGCACUAAUACUCACAGAUACCACCAUCACACUCUAGCCAAAGAAAACCCAGCGGCACGCGUUUCAGAAAGGAGGGGACAACCGGCAAAGACAUGAAAUCAGGAAGAUCCUGUCUCAGCUCCCGGUUUCACCCCCUCUCCGCGGCACAGCGGCCCCGGGCCGGCGGGGCUCCGCGGCGCCCGGCACUCACCUGCGUCCGGCGGACGGCCUGCGGCAGGAGGCAGGCGCGGUGCCCGCGGUGCGCGCCCAGGGCCGGGCAGAGAGCGCACACGCAGCACCCGCAGUCCUCGCAGAACAGCUCCAGCGGCCGCCCGGCAUGGACCCCGCACAGCAGCGCCCCCGGCGCUGCGGCCCGCGGCUCGCCCUGCGCCAUGCCGGAGGCGGCCCGGAGGCUGGGGAGCAGAAGGAUGCGGAGCCGGCAGCUGAGGGAGAGGCGGAUACGGGGCAGGCGGGGGCAGGGAGAGGCGGAUGCGGGGCAGGCAUGUGGAGGGUGUGCGCAGCGGGCGGCGCGACCGCUCUUCGGGCAGGCGAGCGCGACUGUGCCCGUGGCCGUGGCCAUGCCCGUGGCUGUGGCCGUGCCCGUGGCCGGGGCCCCGCCGCCCCUCUUGGCCUGGUCACUCGCCGCCGGAGCGGGGGCCCGCAGCGGGGCUGUCAGGCAGUCAGUGCCGGCAGGAGCUGUGCCCUGCACAGGGAGAGCCGGUGCCCUGGGAGCUGCCUCCGCCCGGGGCCCGGGCUGGAAAACUGACUAAUUUGCGGAAUUUCAGCAGCGUCGGUGUGGGGUGGGCUUCAGUACCAUGGCUGAACAAAACACUUCCCUGAUACAAAAAUGUGGGGGGAAAAUUGUCUUCAGGGUAUGUUCUGUCACUUUCUAUUUUUCAUGUAGAAUUUUGUGCUCUGAAUGGUCUCUUUUAUAGAAAUCAAAACAGAGUGCUCAUGCUCUUACCGAGCUUGCACACUUACCUUCGCUGGCUGUAACCCUUACCUACAUUCAACCAAAUUCAUACUAGCUUUUUAAUAUGCUUUGUUCUUCCUGUGAAUAAAAGCAAUGCAGAGUGUUCCCACACACACAACACAUGUGCACACACACAAGAUGUGAAAAAAUAGAUAUUUAAAAACCAAGCAUUUUGGUGCAACAUGUGGGAGUCAGAUUAUGCAUUAGUACAUAAGAAUGUGGAGUAUUGAGGAACAAGGGCAGUCUUGCUGAAAUUCAUGCAUCAGGCAGAAUUUCAUGCCUGCAAAGACACUGCUAACAAAACCAAUGACUUAGAAAGUGCCUUUUGUACAUAGAAAAGUCAGGUUUUUUUCUUGGAAAGUGUUUCCUGCAGACCUCAGGCUACAGUCGUGGAAUCUUAGGGAUUAUCAUUAUGGAUAUCUGUAGAUUGUUUGCUCUUUUUCUACCCACGCAAAGAAAAGUGCUAAUGCCUGCUUUAAUAAAAUAAGAGUUUCACAUACUCUUUGAUGCAGUUUCACCUGCUCUGGUGUUUGACCAAACUCAGAAAGAAAGGUUUUCCUACUGUCAGUCAACAUUUUUCUCAUUACAACUGGAGCCAUGUUGUUUCACUGUGCCUUUUCAAGGGGAGUUUUAAUCUCAUCUUCUCAAUCUGCGCCCAUACAGGAGCUGUAAACAGUGCUGAGUUCUCUGACAGAGGCUGAACAAUUCCAGUUCUUUGCCUGUGUGCUUUGAAAAGCUAAGCUUCAGCUCCACUACUAUGUUUGCAGCUUCUGCAGGAGGGUUUGGCUCAUGGAGUCUGUGUGUGCCCUGUCCAGAGGAAUGUGUGUGUUCAGUAAACAUUCCCAUGUGACCAUUCAGGAGCACUCUGUCAGUCACACCACCAGAGACUGUAACUGCUGGGACUGAGGCCCCUUCACAGGCGUCUCUCCAAUGAGCCAAAGGGUCCCUGCCUGACCCCUACACACCCUGCACUCACACAGUCAGACAAGGCUUCCUGAACAGUUCAACCCCAGGUUUCCAGUACCAGAAUCUCAGACCUCUGGAUCCCUGAAAAGAUUUAUUUAUGGUUCAGUAACAGGGUAACAGCUCCAGCCGGUGCCUCAGGUAGGAAUCUUGAACAAAGGAUUACCUGGACUUUUAGACACUCAGUCUGGAGUCUUCCUGCGGGGUCCUCAGCUCCUGCAGUGCCUCAGUGUCCAGUCACCUGGCUGGGUCACAGGCCCCAGUGUCCUUUGCUGUGCCAAACAUUGGCAGUUCCUGGCCUCUUGCCUCAGGCUCCCAGCCAGACUCAACCAGCAGCUCCCACUGCAGCUGCACCCCGAGCUACCUUCACAGAAUGUUCAUCCGUUUUUUAGGAUUGAGCAUAUCUGCUAACAUAUUAAAAGGGGAAAAGAAAGCUUUCACAGCAUUUUACACUGCUCUUACUUACAACAUUAUUACAAGUAACAGAAUUAAGGCUAACACUGUUGUCCUUGGGUAGAAAUUAUUAUCAAGACAAGACCACGAAAGAUUCUCGAAACUCAUUUAUUGUCCAACUUCUUAAUCUUUCACUACUUGUUGGAUAUGAGACUGGUGUAUCCAGUUUUUCUAACAAAAAUUUUAACAGCAAAAUAAGGACACAGAAAGACAGCAUAUAGUCCCUCCCAUUUAGAUUCUAAUUUUACUUUUUGUGAGAAUAUCUUGCUUAGCACUACAUCUGCAGGUUGUGUAUCAUUUACUUCUAUUUCAAGUGGGCUGGGCUGAUACUAUUGUGGAUACUUUCUCCAUUCCUCUAACCCUUUCUGUGUUUUAUAUAGAAAAUACUGGGUCAGGCAUUCUUUUCCAUUCAGAAAACUGGUCUUAGCUGGAAUAUAAGUUCUUGACGUAGCUGAGUGGCUUCCAAAGAAACUUUCUGCCAGUGCUUUGGCUUGUGACGGACCAUUCCAAACAUUCCACAGUGCCAAAUUUAAGGUUUGUGGCCAUUUCAGAUAAGCUCAUGUGCAUAUUUUUGUGUCCUGUCCAUCCCCUCUACUUCUCCUGAAGAUUGUGGGUGAUACAGCUAGAUGUAAUUUUCUCUGUAUUCUCAAGGUCUUACACAGCCAAUUGUUUAUAUUAGCUGUAAAAUGAGCCCCCCUGUCUGAUUCAAUAGACUCUGUAGAACGCUGUAUCUAGGUUUAACUUUUUUAAGCCAAGGCCUUUUGUGCUCCUCUUGUGCCAGCCCUUUUUAUUGAAAAGGCUUCUGCCCAGCCUGGUAGUUGAUCUGCUGUCACUGGCAAAUGCUUACACACAGCCGUAUGCGUCCAGAGUCUAUUUGUAGUCACUGAAAAGGGAAGUAGGCUCAUAGUUAAUCAUCCUAUCUCUGAGUUUGGUCUGAUACUUGAGAACUUCUGGUAGGCUGGGAAGCUGUCUGUGAUCCUUCUUGUAGUGGUAUAAAUUCCUGGAGCUGCCCAUUUUUUUUUUCUUUUUUUAUUUAGCUAGCUGUUGCCUCUGCCUCUCCACCUACUUUAUUGUGAAACCUUCUAACCACACAGAUUAAAUAUCUCUUUGGAAGAGUUGGCUUCCCUCUGUAGACCACAUUCCAUCACAAUCUUGUGUUGCCUCCCACUUUUCCCACUGUUUCUUCUCUUGAGUAGUCCUUCUCAUACAUGGUCUCAGGGUCUCUCAAAUUUGGCCAUUCACUCUGGCCAACCAGAGCCACAACAGCACAUUCUCAAUUAUCAGGUAGAAGCAUUAGGCUCGUUGGAUUCAAGUUGUUACAUCUCUUUAAUAUUAUCUGCCAUUGUGAAGAUCAGCUCAUAUCUAUGUGCCCAUUGCAGUAUUAGUGCUUGGGCUGCAGACUGUCAGCACUCUCUCCUCAUCAUGUAGGAUAUGAACUGUUUCAGGAUAAGGGGAACAACAAAUUUCUAAUAUUUUUGCUAUUGUUGCCAUUGACUUUUAGGCUGGUGCUCCUGCUGCAAGUGAAGCUAAUUUAACUGAGUAAUAUGCAAAUGGUCUCUGAUGGGGUCCUGAAUUAUGCUUUACCACUCCACUGGUUAUUCCUUUACAUUCAUGUGCAUACAGAUUGAAGGGUUUUGUAUAACCUAGGAGCCCAAGACCAGGAGCAGGCAGACACCAGAGCUCCUUUUAUUGCUGUGUAAAUUUAUUCUUUCUCCAGGGCCUGUGAAAUAGACAUUAUGUCUUUGUUCCUCAUUUCCUCAGUCAGAGGCUUAGUCAAUUCCUCUACUGCAGGAAUCAAUGGCCAACAAAAUCCCACAGCUCUGAGCACACCUGGUACAUGCUUUUUGUGACUGGAUGUGGGAGCCUAAUUAUGGCCUCUAUUAUUUUUUGACCUGUCGUUCAGCACCGCUUUCGAAAGUAAAGUGUAAAUAUUUAACUUCUUCUCUGGCACAGCUGAAGUUUGGAUGGAGAUGCAGGCUGUUCCCUCUUUUGGCAAUACAUAAAUGCAUACUGUCACAAUUGUAAACACCCUUGUCACAAUUAGCCAUUGACAGAUCAUCUACACAUUGUACAAGAACCAAUAUGCCCAGUAAUUUUAUAUCUUUAUUGCAGUUCAUUAAGUGCCAAAAUUUUCUGCAGAUUCAGUGGGUCUAACCUUCUAUAUCCUGAAGACCAUAACAGAACUUUCAAGCAUUUUCAUGUUUACAAGGUUGGGUUUUUUUAAUAUACAUAGAAUUAUCACCAUUACAAGCAAGUACUAGUCCAGAGGAAAUCUCAUACGUACAAAAAAUAAAGCAGUGUUUCCAGCUGACCUAAACUUUCUGCAGAACCUGCUCUUGGUAUUUAAAGUUUAUCCCACAACAAUCAAUUCAAAUAGUUACAACAACACACAGUCUGAAGACGAACAUUCCUUUACAUGCAGAUCUCCCUGAAUCCUCAAUUUUGAAGAGACACCAUGUGCACAUAAUAGCAAUAGAGGGUGAACUAUUUUAUAUGGUGUUUUGUACACUCUCCAAAGACAUGUUUUUUCUGUGCAGGAAUUACCUCAAAAAAGAACUGCCAGGAGAUGGACAGAUCACCGUGGAGAUCUGCUGUGGAUGUAGGUACAGUCCAGCACAGACUGACACUCCCUCCCCAAAAGGGCCAUGGGCAGUGAGAGCUCACCAGGCUCUGUCAGAGCUCUCCUCAGAGCUCCUGAUCGGUUGUGGCACUGCACUGGGUGUCCCAUGACACGCAUCUCCACCAGUCUGGAUGCAGGGAUCUGAACACAAGACCUGACUGACUGGUGGAGGGCAGGGCAGUCAUUGCUCAUUCAUUCGGAAUGGCACUUGCCUGUCGCUCACGAUGGCUUCAGCCAGGUCUCUGGUUACAAGUAAUUUAAUCCUGGUGAAGCAAGAGAGUAAGGGUUCGAGCUGGUGCCUCGAGGAGAAACCCUACCAAAGGAUUACCUGGGCUUUUAUACCCUCACAGUUUGUACCCCAGAAAGUCUGGGGUCUUCCAACUGAGUCUUUGGCUCCUGCUGUGUCUCAGUGUCCAGUCCCCAGGCUGGUUCCACAGGUCCCUGUGCCCCUUCCUGAGCCAAGGGUUGGCAGUUCCUGGUCUCCUGCCUCAGGCUCCCAUCCAGAGCUCGGCCUGCAGCUCUCAUUGCAACUGCACCUUGAGCUACCUGCACUGAAUGUGUUCCUCAACACAUGGCUGGUCUUCAUCAUCACAAAGCCACAAAAUGCUGAUGGAAGAUACUCAGCUCGGGACUCUAGUUUCUUUUCUGGCAAAGGUAAUCCCCAGCCUGUUGGUGCCCAGUCUUAAUUGCUGCAGUCACUCCAUGGGUUGGAUAAGCCCAGACACAUCUCGAUCUUUGUGAAGUUCAUGCUGGUGCUUUCUGCAGCACCUCACAGUCCCUAAGAAGGCUGACUCUGCCUGCCACUUAAUCUUUCCUCAUCCUCUGCUUCAUACCCUCCUUGUUUGUAAUGACAGCAAGCCCUGAGGGCAUAUUCCAUCCUCUUGCCCUGAUUGCUGAUAAGAACAUUAAGGCACAUUGGGCUCACCUUCUGUCCCAGAGGAAUGGCACUAGUACCCAGCUGGCAGUUCAGGUGUUCUAGUCUGUCUAUCCAAACUCAAACAUGAGGUUGUCUGUAAGGACAUUUCAAGGCCUAUUGCUUGCAGCAUUAGAAUUUGCAAGUUAUUAGUACCUCGGGCACUUCCCAUUACAGAUGAACAAACUCAUUGAGCUAGAUUCUCUGUGCUUUCAAGUGUUUUAAAUUGUUUACUUAGAGAAGACAGUUGUGAUAAAACUAAAUAAUGCUUGUGUAAACACUACUGGAUGCCCAGGUGCUGCGGUAAUGCACCAAAAUGAGAUGUAAUUUCUUGUAUUUUCUCCCCAGUACUUUACUAACACUGGGGGAAAGUGCUCCUGCACUGUGGUUGUGAGAGGUCUGAAGGCUCUCUUUUCAUCCAACUCCCACAUUCAUCUCUCUGGAGGGAACACCUUUAGUCUUUCAAAAAAGAUUUUAAAUAUCUCAGAGUGUGCCUCCUGCUGGUUUUGCCAAGAAGAAUCAUCCUCCAGUACAGCAGUGGAGAGAAGAGUUAAAUCAUAAGAAAACAGGAGUAAUAAUGUUUUCCUCAUUCGGCACAGUCUCAGUGUGAAAGCCAGCUGAGAAAGAGGUGUGGGUAGAGUGUUUUGGUAGGGUCAGAAUGGGCCUGAGUCUUCAUCUGUUAGAUCUGAGGUGAAAUGAUACUUUCCUUCUGCUGAUUUGGAUCUAAUCUAAGCCUUCUGCAAAAUGGGGUUGCUUUCCUGCAAAAUUUCAGUGUUUCUGCAAGUUGGCAGCAUACAAUACACAGAGACCAGGCUUUUUUUCAGAUGUAGCAUUCUCUACUUCUUUGUACAGAAAAUUUGUAAUUUUCUAAUACAAGCUCUGAUUUAAUCUUCGUACGUUUGUGUGAAGUAUGAGGGGGAUAAAGGAGGAAAAGGUCGGUAAAGGGGUAAAGGAGGAACUCUGUUUUAGCACACAAUUUACAGGUCUUGGUGCAGAUCUGGACAUCUCUGUAGCCAUCUACAAAAAACCAACCAACCAGCUCAAAACCAAGUGGAACCACCACUUUAGCAAAGACAUUGAGGACUGUCAUUCGCAUGGCACUAACACACCAUCCGUACGCACGAACAGCCUUUGGUCACUGCCACACCGGGGCUGAAUGUUAAAUAAGACUGAACUGAAGAAUCCUGUAUCAAAGUGGUCUGUUUUCAGUAGAAGUCACCCUUCCCGCUGGCUUAAGAAGAGAAAUAAUUCUUACUGCAGAGAUCUGAGUUUGUCUUGGUUUUGUUUGCCUCAGAGCUACCCAUUUCCAGUGGGACCACAAAGGGAAGAUCUAUUUUAUUCUGAGUCAAGAGAACCUUCUAGAAACAUAUGCAUACAUGUGUGUAUUUUAAGUAUUUUAAUUGUAUUGCUAGAAAAAUGUUUUAGCAGUGCUGUUUGAGUUCAGUUUUCAUGUUCAAGUAUUUUUUUUUCCUGAAAAACAAAUAAAAUUUUGAAACUCCUAA